AUGGGGGGUGAAUACGAGUGUCAGUAUUCUAAUGACCAAAUUCGUAAGAAGCACAAAUGUUGGCAUGAUGGCAAAUUGAAGCUACGCAGCGAUGGCAAAGUUGCACUUUGCGAUGAAGAUGGUUCAAAGUUGAGUGUCAAAAGAGAAAUGGGGAGAUGGUUAGACCCGAAAAAAUUCAAUCAGGAAUUUCAAUUCUGCAGCAGAUUUGUCGUUGCUAUCACAUCACUGGAUGAGAAGCCUUCAUUAGCGUUACCUAUGAGACCAUUCAAAACCCCCCGAACGCUACCGAUAGGAAGACCAGCGAAACCAGCAGGACCAGCAAGACCUGCAAGAAGGACUAAAGUCCUACAGCUACAGCAAAGCCAAAUGCCAUCCAGAACAAGAGCAAGGAUACGGCAUGUCCAAGUAGAACCAAUUCGCAUAUAA